AUGGGUCCAAAUGCAGUGUCGGACAAGACUUAUACCUUUGACAAAGUUUUCUCCGCGGCUGCCGACCAAGUCACAGUGUACGAGGAUAUAGUACUUCCCAUUGUUAAUGAGAUGCUCGCCGGAUACAACUGCACCAUUUUCGCGUAUGGACAAACGGGGACUGGAAAGACAUACACAAUGUCAGGAGACAUGACAGAUACCUUAGGGAUCUUGUCCGAUAACGCUGGUAUUAUUCCACGCGUAUUCUAUUCUCUAUUCAAUAAACUUGAGGAGACCGAGAGCACAGUUAAGUGCUCAUUUAUUGAAUUGUAUAAUGAAGAGCUCCGUGACCUUCUUUCAGUGGAAGAAAAUCCCAAGCUGAAGAUUUUCGAAAAUGAGUCGAAGAAGGGACAGAAUGGGAGUACCCUCGUCCAGGGAAUGGAGGAAACAUUCAUUGACUCGGCAACAGCCGGCAUCAAAUUACUCCAGCUGGGUAGCCACAAACGCCAAGUCGCUGCCACUAAAUGCAACGAUCUUAGUUCUCGGAGCCAUACCGUGUUCACCAUCUCAGUUCAUACCAAACGGACAUCGGAGUCGGGCGAAGAAUAUAUGAGUUCAGGGAAGCUCAAUUUGGUUGACCUUGCUGGCAGCGAGAAUAUUCAACGCAGCGGUGCCGAAAACAAACGCGCAGCAGAGGCUGGUUUGAUCAACAAAAGCCUACUAACACUCGGCCGUGUUAUUAAUGCAUUGGUUGACAAAAGCCCUCAUAUCCCCUAUAGGGAGUCGAAACUCACUCGCUUAUUGCAAGACUCUCUCGGCGGACGCACUAAGACAUGCAUAAUUGCAACCGUUUCCCCCUCUCGGAGUAAUCUGGAAGAGACAAUAUCAACACUGGACUACGCAUUCAGGGCAAAGAAUAUUCGCAACAAGCCGCAGAUCAACUACAUGGCUAAGAAGACAUUGCUCCGGGAAUUUACCAUGGAAAUCGAGAAGCUCAAAGGGGAGCUGAUCGCAACGAGACAUCGAAAUGGAGUGUAUAUGACUGUCGACGCAUAUGAGGAAUUGUUCACAUUAACAAGCAACUUCAACAAUUUGAAGAAGGACAACGAGGAAACUUAUGCUGCCCUUCACGAAACCAAUGAUGUUCUGGAAAAGACUGAAAUUGUUCUAAAGGAUACCCAAACUCAGCUUGAGGAGGAGGAAAUGUUACGUAAAGCCCACCAAGAUACAGAGGAACAACUCUAUGAUACCGGCAAAGGCCUCGUGUCCACUUUGGACAGAACAGUGGGAGAUGUGGAUGGCUUGCAUGCAAAACUACAGCGCAAAGCGGACUUAGACGCAACCAAUAUGAGAGCCUGGCAAGUCUCGACGUCCGAGGUGUCAGAUGUAACCAAUCAAGUUGACAUGAGUGUGGUAGCUUUCCAGACCCAGCAUUCAAAGCUCUUGAAGGACAUGUCAGAAAAAAUUAACUCUUAUGUGAUGGGUGAGCUGAAAAAUAUUCAACUAAAUCAUUCCGAUGUGUCAAAGUGGGCCUCAUCUUUCGAGAUAGCAGAAGCAGAGGCAAAGUCUCAGACCUGUGGCGCACACGAUGAAAUGAAUGAUGUUCUAGAGGAGAUCAAGGACCUGCGAGAAGAAGUCAAGUGCAAGGUGGGAGAAGGGUUGAAUGGAUUGUCGGCCGCGGCAGCUCGCAUCUCAAAGGACGUUAUUGAUGAAAUCGCUGGUUUCCAUGCUCAGCUCCAUGCUUCCUACAGUGCCCUCGGUCAACAGUUCAAGGCUAUGUUCGAAGGUAUGGUGGGACAUCUUAACGACCAAAAGACAGAGAUCAAUAGAUUGAGACUGGAGCUUCAAGAAGCGAAUCUCAGAACAGUGGAAGCGAAUCGCAGAGCGUCUUCUCAACUGGCACACACACUGGAAGAAGAACACACCAAUGCGGAAGUUGAACGUGACUUUUUACUUUCGCAGAUCAGGACACUUAUCGAAGAUUCUAGGCAAAAGCAGUUCGGACGUCUGAAAGGCAAGGUGGAGGGUGUACGGAGAGAGAUUGCCUCUUCAGGCGAUUCUCUGGAGCAUACAACUACUCAUUAUGAUCGCCAGGUUGACGAAUGGGUGUUCAAAUCGGAGCAAUUCGCUAAGGAUGUAAAUGCUUCAAAGGACGAGAUUAGGACAAAGAUGCAGAAUGAUUGGGAGGUGAACAACAUGGGCAAGCAGAUGGAAGCCUUGGACGAUUUCGUGGCGAAAGCGCGAUCCCAAAAUGGCCAUUAUCGCGAUGCUCAUAUCUCCAGCUUGGAACGUAUGGCGUCUGAUGUUCAAACAUCAUAUUCAUCAAUGCACACGCAAUUCUCCAGUUUUGAAAAUCGGCUCAAUAAACUUCAAGAGGAUGCAACUCAACAGAAGAAUUGUUUAGAAGAAUCAGCUAUUCCAUUGUCAGAGGAUGUCCGCAUGCCUCUCGAAACGCUUCGCAAAAACAUCCUCAACCGACCAUUGAAAGACUAUGUUCCUACUGGUGUUACUCCCCAGAAGAGACAGUACAAGUAUCCGUUUGUUUUACCUCGAACCGAAACCCACGACUCUUUGAAGUCUCGAAUGAGAAAUUCGAAAGACCUCACUCUGUUACCGUUCAGCGGCGAGGAGCAGCUUUCUCCCGUGAAGCCUCCCAGGACUUCUUCCAAGGGCUUUGUUUAUAAUGAUACCGAGUACGAGGUAGGCAUGCAACCGCCUACAACCACCGCUACUCCUUCCAACACGGGCCUUAGGGAAGUCGAUGUAAACGUCGCCGUCAAACCACGCGCGCCUAGCAUGGACAAUAGCUCACUAGAACAACCGACAUCAAAUAAGCAGGCAUCAUCGAGUUUGGAAAGCUUAGAAAAUGAUGAUUUAGAUGAGCCGCCUGCCAAAAGACGCUGCUCAAAUCUCAAUGUGACUGAUACCAAGCUACCGCAAAAACCGAUCUCAAAGAAGAUGGCCGUGAAGAUGGAAGGUAGAGAAAACGUUCCUCCAGCUGGACUGUCUAGCGGCCUAUGGCUCAGAAGCAGGCCAUCGACUUAA